AUGACAGACAUAUUAUCAAGGACAGAGCAUGUAUGGAUACGCUUUAUACUGCUGUUCAGCCGACAAGGGAAAUUAAGACUGCAGAAGUGGUACAUAACGUUACCUGACAAAGAGAGGAAAAAGAUCACACGGGAAAUUGUUCAGAUUAUUCUGGCUCGCAGUCAAAGGAUGAGCAGUUUUGUCGACUGGAAAGACCUAAAGCUAGUUUACAAAAGGUAUGCUAGUUUAUAUUUUUGCUGUGCAAUAGAAGACCAGGAUAAUGAGCUGCUGACACUAGAGGUUGUUCAUCGUUAUGUAGAACUACUGGACAAGUAUUUUGGAAAUGUUUGCGAGCUGGAUAUUAUCUUUAAUUUUGAAAAGGCUUAUUUUAUUCUUGAUGAGUUUAUAAUGGGUGGAGAAAUACAAGAAACAUCAAAGAAAUCAGCAGUGAAAGCCAUAGAAGAUUCUGAUAUGUUACAAGAGACAAUGGAGGAAUAUAUGAACAAACCUGCAUUUUAACUUUAAAACCUCUUGGAGGGACAGAGAUGCUGCUUACUAUCUGUAAAAUUCACUUGUUGAAAUUGCUUUUCUAUGU